AUGAGCUAUACACUCGCAUCGACGACGGGCCUCUGUCUGCUGGCGCUGGAUGGCGGCGGGCGUCAGCAGGCCGGGCUCUCCUCAGUCAACCCGUGCGAGGUGUUCGACCUCAUCGGCGGAACCAGUGCAGGCGGGUUGAUCGCGAUCACGCUCGGCCGACUAGAGAUGACGGUAGAGGCCUGCAUCGCUGCGUACGAGGAAUUGAUGAAGGCUAUAUUCGAGAAGAAGUCAAGUCGACUGCCGGUUGGCUGGUCGGGCAGGACGAAGGCACAAUUCGACUCGGGCAAGCUGAGGAAGGCUAUCGAGAAGGUAAUCAGAGACAGCGGUGCCUCAAUAGAGGAUCUAUUCAACGACGGUCAAGAUCGCGGGUGUAGAGUCUUCAUCUGUACCGUCGCGCACGAAACCAGCGGCACCACGCGUCUUCGAAGUUACGACUUGCCUGACAGGCCCAAUAUCUCGGCCACGAUCUGCGAGGCUGCGUUGGCGACCUCGGCGGCAACAGGCUUCUUCGAUCCAGUGAACGUCGGCUCGCGACGAUUUGUGGAUGGCGCGCUCGGCACAAAUAACCCUGCCGAAGAGGUGGAGGAAAAAGCGGCGAAUAUCUGGUGCUCCGAGUCUCGCGAGCUGAUGUCGCUUACCAAGUGCUUUAUAUCUGUUGGCACAGGAAACCGUGGCAAGAAGGCCCUUGAGGACAACAUGCUGAAGUUGCUAUCAAAGACGCUAGUAGACAUGGUAACGGAGACGGAGAGAACGGAGAAGAGAGGACUGCGGGGCAUCGGGUUGGCAGAGUACAAGGAGCAAGGCGCAAUUCAAGCAGCGACCAAUGAGUACCUGGAGCAUCCGCAGCAAAGCGUGCGAGUCAGGGACUGUGUUUUACACCUGAAGGACAAGCAAAACCGAGCCGAUACUGCCUUUGCAGCUGUCGUGAAAGAGUAUACUAUUCGCAUGAACCAGCUUCAAAUAAAGGGUUUCCAGAAUAUUCCGUUCGCACAAAAUCGUCGUUUCGUCGACAGAAAGAAGCAGCUCGACCUGCUUCAAAACGAGCUACUCGGCGACUGUGGAGCAGCGAAGGUAGCCAUGGUAAGCCUAGGAGGCACAGGGAAGACACAGAUCGCACUCGAGCUCGCAUACAAAAUGCAGGAAAUCACGCCGGACUGCUCGGUCAUAUGGAUCCCUGCGAUUAGCAUGGAAACGAUCGAGCAGGCAUAUAAAGGCCAAGGUCCUUCUCCAACGCCAUCCGAGCCAAAAAAAAAAGGCGCCAGUCGAUGGCUGUUGAUCUUUGAUAACGCAGACGACGUGGACAUGUGGACAGGACGAGACGGCUAUCCUCGCUUACUUGAUUUUCUACCAAGAAGUGACCUUGGACGAAUAGUCUUCACAAUACGUGACAGGAAGACGGCCGUUAAGCUUGCGCAGAAGAACGUGGUUCAUCUAGCAGAGACAGACGAAGAGAUGGGCCUACAGCUCCUGUAUAGACACCUAAUUGACCAAGCCAAUGAUCGCCGAAUCGCGACGAGAUUGCUUGCAAAACUGGCCUAUCUGCCACUCGCAAUUGUGCAAGCAGCCGCCUACGAGCAAGACGUGAUUGACUUACUUAGCGAGGACUUUGAGGAAGAGGGAAGAUACAGCGAUAGAAAGGAUCCGGUAGCGACGACCUGGUUGAUCUCAUUUGAGCAGAUCCGCCGUCGAGACACCCUGGCGGCAGACUACUUGGCAUUCAUGUCGUGUGUAGAGCCGAUCGACAUACCGGAGUCGCUACUGCCUCCGGGACGGUCCAGAAAACGAGAGACGGACGCGAUCGGCCUGCUGAAUGCGUACUCGUUUGUAGCAAAGAGGAGCGGCAAGCUGACGCUCGACGUUCACCGCCUAGUACAUUUUGCGACUCGAAGCUGGCUCCGUGUAAGAGAUAGCUCAGUGCGGUGGACGUUAAAAGCGAUGCGACGUCUGAAGAACGUGUUUCCAAAUGAUGAUCAUCAUGCGAAUAGAAGCGCAUGGAGACUAUACUUGCCUCACGCGCGACGCCUGCUUGAUGCAACGAAGGAAGAGGACGCAGAAAUAAGAACAGAGCUGCUCUAUAAGUUCGCGAUGUGUCUGGACAGCGACGGAAAGUAUAUAGAGGCUGGAAUUUCUUUGUUUGAAGUUAUGCAGAUAUGGCAGAAGGAGCUAGGAGAGGAGCAUCCUUUAACGCUAAUAAGCAUGAACAACCUGGCCUUAAUAUACAAAAAUCAAGGCCGGUGGAAGGAGGCGGAAGAGCUGCAAUUACAAAAACUAGAGAUCACAAGGAGAGAGCUAGGAGAGGACCAUCCUUCAACGCUAAUAAGCAUGAACAACCUGGCCUCAACAUACACCAAGCAAGGCCAGUGGAAGAAGGCGGAAGAGCUGCAAGUACCAGUACUAAAGAUUACAAAGAGAGAGCUAGGAGAGGAACAUUCUUUAACACUUAUAAGUAUGGGCAACCUAGCCUUAAUAUACGUCGAGCAAGACCGGUGUAAGGAGGUAGAAGAGUCGCAAGUACAAGAACUAAAGAUUACAAAGAGAGAGCUAGGAGAGGACCAUCCUGAAACGCUAACAAGCAUGAACAACCUGGCCUUAAUGUACGCAGAGCAAGGCCGGUGGAAGGAAGCGGAAGAGCUACAAGUACAAGAGCAUCCUGAAACGCUGACGGCCAUGAGCAACCUGGCCUUCACAUACAACGGCCAAGGCCGAUUCAGCAACGCCAUCGAGUUAAUGGAAAAGUGUGCUUUACUUUCUCAACAAUUCCUUGGUAUCGGUCAUCCACAUACCAUAUCGAGAUCUGCUUUCCUUAAGAGCUGGGAAGCUGAGCAAGCGGACUCGAACGAUGAGUAUACUGAGUAAUGCGGUGUUAGCAACGCUGUCGGUAUAGAUGAAAUAAACACGAGCUUCAAUUCACGCAUAGGCCCAUCCUCCCAAACCCCCAACCCCAGCGCUGCACUCCUGAAUCCUUCAUCCUCGCUACGCAUCUCGGAGCCGAGCCGGUCAUCAAGAUCUGACAACUCGAACCCCGAAAAUAGUCGAUUACGUCAAGACGCAGGGUCGUUAGCUGACGGGCGCGUGCCUGUGCGCAGGGAUAUGGUCUCCGGGGCGCCUGGUUCCCGGGCGCCGGGAC